GCAAAACCAGGAACGUGGAUCACUUUGAUUGUACCAAAGAGAACAAGGAAGCAACAUGUGCCGAUAACUAUACAAGUAGUCUGAUCACAGCAAUAUAGAGAGGAAAUAGAGAAAACAGCGUCAUUACACUGGAUAUUUAAAAUACUGCGGUUAUUAGACAGAAACGAUGAAGAGAGAGGUAAACGCCGGGGUGAAUUUCCUGAGACGCCUAGCCGUGGAGCGGGGUGGCUUGGAUGGAACCAAAGCUGACGCUUUUGCUGGAAAGCUGCGGCAACUUCUGUGUGACAAAUUCAAAGACCACUGGUACCCCGACAACCCCAACAAAGGACAGGCAUUCAGGUGCAUCAGGGUAAGCGAGGGGGUGCCGUGUGAUGAGGAGGUGCUGAGGGCGUGUGAGGAGAGCGAGCUCAAACCCAGCGAGCUGGGCCUCCCAUGCGAGAUUGCGCUGUGGAUCGACCCACUGGAGGUGUGCGCACGGUCAGGGGAGAACUGCAGGUACUUCACAGUAGCUCGUUUCAAAGAAGGAGAAGAGGAGGAUGAGGACUAUGUGAAAGGAGACAAAGAUGUCGACCUGGAUACGUCCGACUACCACUCCGCCACCUCGUCUGACUGUGGCUCUGCUGUCUCCAGCGACACAGAGGAGGAGGGGAUGGAUGGAGAGACGGAGGGAAGAAAAUAUGAGGAGAAGGAGAAAGAGAAAGAGGGAAAGAAAGAGAAGGGAAAGGUGGAGGGCAAACCUUGCGUGAUUGCCAUGAUGCCCAGGGUUCGGGACAGGUUCAGGGUCGAGCAUGCUCAACAGAAGGUCAACAAAACACUGCUCCAGCCCACCUCUCAGCAGUACUUCUACCACCCUGCCCCUGUGUGGCCCACAACGUACAAGAAGAAGGGUCCUGUGUUCCUCACCACAAUAUACGCGCCUCCACCUCCGCCUCCCCAAGUGUUCGGCUACUACGUCCUGCCCCAGCCACCCCCGCAGUUCAUCAUGCCUUAUGCCACUCUGCAGCCAUGGGGGGCUGUGAAGAGCUAAACCAACUGGUUGGAGAGGGGGAUGUAAAACUGCCAUUUUACCUAUGAGCCACAACUUAAUUCAUUAUAUACGUUUUUGAUUGCUGUACACUUCAUUUUCUUAUUUUUGGUGAGAAUCGGUUUUGGGGAUUUCCUCUAUGUAACUUUCUUAGGUAGAAUUGCCACUGAAGUAAACAGGGAAUAUACUAAAACAGGGUUUAGCAAAUAUUGCUACAGGCACUUCCCUAAGGGCUGCCAGUAGGUUUUGGUUUAGGGUAAUCCACUGAUUAAAAGUAGUCUGUUCAUAUUGCUGACGUGUCUAGAGUAGGCCUGCUAGACAGUGUGUUGCAGAUUGACUAGUUUAGUGUGAUACUGUAUUCCAGUGGUAUUCAACUCUUACCCUACGAGGUCCGGAGCCUGCUGGUUUUCUGUUUUACCUGAUAAUGAAUUACACCCACCU